CUUGGACUGCCUCUAAGUUGUUAACGACAUCUCGCAGCGCCUCCAUCAUGAAAAUUUGCAUGUUCGAUUAAUCAGGCAGAGGAGAUAAUCGAGCGUGUAACGACCACACAUAUGGCCUCAUUGUACUCGACUUUUUCGCAAGUGUCACAGCAUCAGUCGUGGUUGAUGCAUCGAGGCGGCCGACUUCUAGCCUGGUUUUACUACACAAUUCUCCAUUGCUGGAGUGUGCCUGAUGUAAGUUGCUGGUAUCAACGCCCAAGAAGAAACAACACAGCUCAAGCUUGAUCUUUCACGCCGGAGAGUUAUCUCCGACUUCCAUCAAACCAACAUCGAAGUUUCGCACGUCAUCUGACAGACACAGCAUCAAGUCCUCAUAUAAUUUCAAACAUUCCAACAUGCCUCUCCAUAAUCAUACCACCACCACCUCCAACAAUGACAACAAUAUUAAUAACCACCCCCCAACACAUUGUAUCCGCCUAGUCCCCCACCUCGAUGUCCGCCGCAUCCUCCAUUUCGAACCCAUCUCCCGCAACCUCAGAGACGGCGACACUCCCCUCCGCAUCGGUCGCUGCACAGAUCGCUCAAGCAUCAGUCUCACACCCUUAAACACCUUAAACACAAACAAACUUGUUUUCAGAAGCAGGGUCGUCUCUCGCUACCAUGCAGAGAUUUGGUCAAAUAACGACAAGUUCUACAUUAAAGACACCAAAUCUUCAACGGGCACUUUCCUCAAUAAUCUUCGUCUAAGUCCCGCAGACUCUGAGAGCAAACCACAUCAGCUUAAACAUGGGGAUAUCGUUCAGCUUGGAGUCGACUAUCGUGGCGGUGUUGAGGAUAUCCACAAAUCUAUAAAUAUAAGGAUCGAGCUCGAACGUGCAUUAUCUAACGGAGAGCUGACCGGUCGGCCUUGGACCCAUCACAUAACUACGGAGGCUACAUGCGUCGAAAAUUUUCCCGAUAGAGAACCCGUGAGUGGAAAUCAUGUUGGGAUAGGGCUCUGGUCUAUGAAGGACAUACUCGAGCAGUACACGACGGAGGAAACGACAAAGGACAAUGAAAAAGCACAGCGGCAGCACCACCUUGCUCUCAGUGACACACAGCUGCCCUAUCAUGACAGUCGAAGCAAUCAUCCCUCAGAAUCUGAUGAAGCUUUAGUGACCUGUCCGGGAUGCACGCAUUGCGGGAGAUGUGCAUUCCGCUAAUGAGCUGCUGGCCCAAGAGAUCCA